AUGGGACGAAAGGAAUAUAACGAAUUUAUUAUACCCAAGGACCAAAUCAGUGCAUUUCUAAAUUCACCAAAUAUAAUAUAUGACACUCCUGAUUUUUUUGAUAAUUCUCUUAUGCAUGUGAAGCAAACAGGAAAGGAUAGACUAAGAUAUCGCAUUGAAUACUUGAGGGAUGGAACAGAAAUAUACUACAAGCGGAGGAUAGGAGACUUUAAGAAGUAUUUUUGUUGCUUCUAG